AUGGUCUCUGUUUGCAACUCAAGCACCGGCAUAAAAAGCAGUCGCUUAUCUGCUGAGCUCAACUAUUUGGCAGAUUCUCUUCGCUCGGGUGAUGCGUACCAGCAGUUUCCCCCGCUCAUGGGUAGUCUUUACCCCCAAAUUCCUUCGUGGGGAGAUCCCUACCUCCGACCAUCCAAACUUUCAAACUCUCAUUCCUCUUUGCUGGGCGGCCUUCCAGGAAGCGAGUUUAUGGGUUCUAUGGAAUCUGUUUUGCAAGUGUCAUCAUCACACAACAUUCUUACACCAGAAGCUUUUCGUGACCACAUGGAUCUCUUAGUGAAAAUCCACAGGCUGGAGGUGAAGGUGGGUUCAUCAGUGUGGCGAUUAGAGGACCUCUGUCAGCGUGCAGAACUUCCACGGACGGUAGGAUUGCAUAAGUUUGAGUCUCUCCUGGCUCGGCUCAUUCCCUGUGUCGUCAUUACUCCAGCAGACUGCUUCUGGGAAGGCUCUAAAGUUUUGGUACCCGAUGGUAUGGUGCAGAUACCAUGGCUCAGCAAACAGUACACGCUCCGGUGGCCGACCCUAAAUCCCCAGCAACUGCUCACAAACUUUCAGGCGGAGUGUGGAAAUCACUCUUCGGAUUUGACUUACCUGGACGAGGUGACAGAUUUGCUCAGUAGAGCCGGCAUGAGCCACGGCUACCUCACUCGGCCUUGUCUGGACCCCCAUGACUUGGAAUGUCCCAGUCUCGCGCCCAACCACAAAGGCCAGCCCCCGAACGUUGCCCAUGUUGUUGCCAAUGGCUGUCCCAGUUUCGCGGCCAAUAUUCUACACUGGCCCAGGGAUUUGAUCCUCGGUGGUCAGAAAUACUCCGUCCGGAAUCAAUCCACUGUGUCCUGUCACGGUGAUAGCACCUGCCCAUUGGUUCAGGCCUCGGCUCUUCAAUCUCUCCUCCUACUCCGCUCUCCCCAGGACCUCUAUCGGACGGUGCUGUAUAAUGACCCCUAUAAGCACGAAUCCUGGAAUCUGCGCGACGCACAGAAUGUCCUCGACCAGUGGCGCAACGGACUCAAACACCUCCUCCUUGUACAUAAUAAGGCCAUCUCAGCAAGUCAGGGGUGGCUGUACUACGGAUUCACAGACAACUCCAUCCGAGAUAUGCUUACUCAAAGCACCGUCAGGGUGUGGUUCGCGCAACUUGCCGGAGCUGCCGUACUAAUGCGCCAAAAACCAUGCCGCGCUUCAUUCGCUCGUACGAUUCUCGCGAUCGCAUUCGAAACCGUUGGUGCCAUUGUGAACUUUCGUCGCCAAGACAUGAAAGGCAUGGCUUCAUUCGUUUUUCUCACGCCGCCUUCGUGUUACUACCCUUCGCGGCAGAAACAGACAACGAACAAAGCUAACGAAGCAGCCUGGAGUUCUGCAGGCGCGCACUGCAUGUUGUUUUCUCACCCAAUUGUGCCCGACCUACCGCAUGAGAGCACCCACGCAUCGCCGGGCGCAUCGCUUCUUUACGGAAUGGUGUGUCUGCUUUGCUGGCGUGAGCCCUCUCGCUCCCAGUGUUGGCUCGCUCUUGCCGGGUUGGGCCUCAUUGUCCUCGCUCUGGUGGCUGGCCUCGGCAUCUGCUCCCUCAUCGGCAUUCCUUUCAACGUCCUCUCCGUUCAGAUCUUGUUGUGUGUGGUCUUGCCGCAUGUGCGCACCGACAAUUGUGUGCGUCGCCCACCCGCCCGCCUGCCUGCCCCCUCCACUUCGACGCGUGUGCCGCUCGCAGACGCAAUGGGGCCACUCGCUCUUGUGUGUGGCCUGCAAUGGACCACACAUGUAUUGGCCGAACACGGGACCUCGCUUGUUUUUUCGGCUCUCUCGAUUGCUUCCGCAUUUUUUGCGGCCACUUACUUCCCAGUACCGGUGAUGCGACAAUUCUGCCUUCAGGUAAAUUCUCCGUCCCCCCCCCUGGCCCCCGGUCAAGCAGUAGCUCCGACUUGGCUCUGGGCCGCGUGUUUCUCCAGCACUUAUGCGGGUAUCCUCGUUGUAGUUCAAGCCAUCACCUUACUGAUCCUGUUUCCUGUGUUAUUGAAACUUGACUCAAAGCGGCGGAUACGCCACCGCAUGGAUGUACUCUGUUGUCUUAGGCAGCCAGUCUCAAUGGCACACACUCCCUCACCGCCGUUUCUCGUGUCCGCUUCCAGCGCCGACGAGAGCGCCAUGCGUGUUGUGGAGGUCGCCUCAACUAAAGUUCGCCUCAGCAGUAACGCUGUGGCCACUGUCAAGGUGUCCGUUUCCACGCAGAAACCGCCCUCGUCGUUUCGGGCUGCGCAGUCCGGCGAUGUAAAUGUAAAUUCUUUCGCCUGUGCACUCACCCUAUCUUCCCUUCUGACUGUUUUUCGCUCUCGUUUCCCCUUAUGCAGUUCGCGCGAUGUACACAACAUGAAUGUAGAAACUCCCACAGUGUUUCCUAAACUCAGACCCGCUCCUAAUGUUAAUGAUAGUACUAGCAUAGUAUGUCUCUCAGUCGGAGCGAUCGGAUGCCCCACUCUUAGCACUACCGCCAUCGCCUCGGAGACAACACAAAAAAACUAUGCUCAUCGUGAAAAUUUUGCAUUCGCGAAUCAGCUUGUGUGGGACGAGGCGGUGGCGGCGGGGCACGCGCAUGCGAGCACAGGCCCCGUUUCUCACACUCCCCCUGCUGCCUUGGCGCCUGUCGACUUGCGCGUCUUAGCCACCGAACAUUCGCUCCUUUUUAAAUGCUCGCACAGUUGCGUCUAUGUGGUCCCCCCGUCUUCCCUUCCCUCCCACUCUCUAACUGCACCGAUUUCUUUACAGCCUGGGGUCAUUCCUUUGGACUGCCUAUGCUGCUCUUGCCAGUAUCGACGGCUCCAUCACAGUGGCCCAAUUCUCGUCCGAUUCGCAAAUAAGCUUGCAAGGGCACUGUCGCGCUUCUUCUGUCUGCGACUUGCAGUUUUUGUACUGGGCGUUGCACCCUUCAUAUCCGCUGCAGUUUUAUCACCUAUGCACCUCAAAUUGGGGCUCAGUAUUCUUAGUUUAACUCCUACCGAUGCCAUAGAACAUGGGUUUGUGGACAAGUCGAGUAAACUAUUUGGACUGAUUCACUUCCAACUGGUUACUCGUGGUAACGAUGCCAUGCCGUUAGAUGAAAUAUCUGCAGAAGAUUUCGGUCACGCAAAGUCAACUCUACCGCAGGAAAGUGCCCUUCUUGGUCCCGGUGUCGAUUUCGCCCGGAGUCAGGCUCGUCUUCGUAAACUAUUCUUCGAUGUGGCUAGCAUCCCAGGAGUUUCCUUUACAGGCGAACGGAUCUGGCUAGAUUCGAUGCGUGACUGGUUGUUAGGACUUCAGAAAGCGUUUGAUGAGGACUUCCAAAACCAAUACAUCACUGAUAAAGGUAACUGGUCCCGAAAAGCUAGUGAAAAUGGUGUCCUCGGAUUGUUGCUGAUCGUUCAAACCGACAACGGAAUAGAUUUGGACAGAAUCCGAACGGCUCGUUUGGUACGUAACCACACGAUCGAUCCAUCCGCAUUCCGGGUGUACCUUCACGCGUGGAGAGUUUUGGACGCAUUUAACUACACAGCUCCUCCUUGUACCAUCAUUCCCGACCCAGGGGUCCAACUAAGUCGCAUCACCCUUCCACGGCGGCCUGGUGGGCCUGCCGACCUCUACAGCAUCAGCCCCGCACGUCCUAUUCAAAUGGUCCAGACUAGCUUCUUCGCCACGGGCUAUGGUGACAUUGCGGAUCAAAUAAAUUUCGUUAAGAAAGUCCGUGCUCUCACCGAACAGGCCACAUCGCAAGGUGUACCCGUUUUCCCCACGGGUCUUCCCUUCACUUUGGCAGAGCAGUAUCUUGACUUUUGGCAGUACUUCUGUACCGCCAGCGGUAUCUUGCUCGGCGUCAUCCUCGUAGCUGGCUUCGUUUUCCUGCCAAACCCCGUAGCCACCCUCUUAGCAGUUUGUGUGGGCGGCGGUGGUGCAGUUUCUGCGUGUCUUCUGGGCUUCCUUAUUCUCGGUCUCGACUUAAACGCUAUCUCUGGCGGACUUCUACUUACGUCUUUCGGAUUAGGUUCGAAGUUGGCCUCUGGGAUUCUAUGCGGGUGGUACGGACCGCAGCACAACAUCCAUAGGGUACGCAGAGUUCAAGGCAAAAUCCCCGGUGCGGCGGAGGAGGAGGAGGAGGGGCAGCAGACGAUGGAGGAGGCGGAUCCUCCUCUGAGGGUAAAGAAGCUCUUUGCUGUCCUCCGGAAUCAGACCAGCCAAAUUGUGCACGUAAAUGUGAGCUUCGUGCUGGCCGUGGCGUUGUUAGCCGCCGUGAGAGUCGACUUCAUUGCCGAUCACUUCUUCCGUCUCACUGGGAUGAUCUCUUUUGCCUGUCUUUUCAAUUGUCUUGUUCUUCUACCGACGGUGUGCUACUCUCUCGACCCAGUGUUCCCUUCUCCACUGCACACUUUGUUGCCUUCACCCUCCGUCCACACUCACACCAACUUAGAGACCUCGGUUGGUUCUCUGUCACCACCACUGCCGCCCUCAGGCCUCCCACGAGACGACCCAGCUGAUUUUAAUUCCUUCUUGAGCUCCCGGGAGACAGAGGAAGAGGAGGAGGGGGAGGAGGAGGAGGAUGCGGACUUGGCGAUGCGUCAACUGUGCGAUUCUCUGAGGCGGAGCGGCACACCUCCGCCCGCCUCCACAGUUAUCGACCUGUUUGCUAGUGCUCUAAGGGGGGCUUCACGGCACGCCAGUUUGAGCACAAUUUCAGAAGAGCCUUCGAAUUCCAGUUCAACAAUCAGUCUCCAUUACCCUGCUCCCGUAAUCACACCGCCUUACCCGUCUGCUGUACGGAUGAAAGAGUUUCUGCCUCUUCUGAACGCAGCGAUGGUUGCGGCACAGCGGCACCAACAGAGCCGUCGGGGAGGCGAGGCUCCCGAACCGCCUCCGCCUCCCUAUUCGAGUGUUCUUGAGAGGCCCCCCGCAGCUUCCAGAUGA